GUGUUUUCCUCUUACAACAUUUCAACAUCACCAUCACCAUCACCAUCAAAAAUAUGGGAGGUAGUAUAUAUGAGCCCAUCUAACCUGUUUCUGUUUCCAGUAUACGUCUGCCGGUACUCUGAAUGUACCAUCUACAUACCUGGAGCAGCAGAAACAUUCUACCACCUGUGUCCUCAGCAUAUCACAAUUGGGCUCUCUUUGAGGUGUUGCACCGAGUGCACACUGCACAGCCAUGAGGAAGGAGAUCAUCAUUCGAAUGCAGCCAGAUUCGGACAAAGGCCGUGCCAAGGCUCUGAAGGUGGCAGCUUCAGUGAGCGGGGUCGAGUCGGUGACGGUGGCCGGCGAGAGCAGGGACAUGCUGCUGCUGAUCGGCGACGGCGUGGACGCGGGCAAGCUGACGAGGAAGCUGAAGAAGGAGGUCGGGGAGGCCGACAUCCUGGAGCUGCGGACUCUGCCGGCCACGGGCAGUACCAGCAGCGCGCUGGCACCGGGCAGCAGUACCGUCGUCACGCAGUCCGCGUACCAGCGGCACGCCGCCACUCCCGGCCGGAGCGUGCCCGGAGGCAGCCGCAUCGAGUGCCCGUUCGCCGCCGCCGCCGCCGCGCAGUGGCCGGGCGAGCACGGCAGGCAGCAGGCGGUCGGCUACUACCACCGCCGGACCCCGGGCCCGGGAUACUACCACCAGCAGUCGUCGCCGAUGGUUGGGCAAGGAGGAUACGGGUACGGCUACGCGGGGGGCAGCAGCUUCGCGCUCGAGGUGGCGCGCAGCCACCCCGCGAACUACUCGCCGAUGAUCGCGCGGCACGACCGCCCGGGCAAUGCAGGCGGGCGGCGAGAGCUCGGUGGCGGCGGAGGGCCCAACUGCUGCUCGAUAUUAUAGCGCGUUUUUUUCAUUUGCCUUUUUUUUUGCUUCAUUUGCCGUGUUAUUAUUUAUUAAUGGCAGAUGACCGAAAGAUGUACGUUGCGUGUGAGCUCAUGAUAUUUGCCGAUUGAGAAUCGUAGGUUGCUCGUGUGCAUAGGCAAGCACUGAGAGAAACUGAUUAUGGUUCUGUGAAUUCCUUUUUCUCUGAUUAUGGCCUGUUCGUUUUCUAGCUGUCUCAUUUCCUCAUCGUCCCGGCGAGAGAUUUCCCCAACGUCCCGUCGAGAGGGGAAAAGGGUUCGUCCCGACGGGUGGCGAUUGUCCCGGCGUCGCGGCGAGCCUCCCUCUCAUCUGCCAUUUCUCAAGCUCUUGAGUAAUCUCAGUCACAACUCACUUUAAGGGAUUGUGGUGGUCCCUCUUCUUGUUUCUUUCACCAUCAGGAUGAUGGUGGGGACUAGACGAAGGAAGCUGUUGCACUGAAAGAUUUUGCAAAGAGGCAAAGUACCAUCUGAUCAUCACAGUGUUGUACUAUGAGAUCCUGAACUCAUCUGAUCAUGCCUGCAACUUUGUAAAACAGGUGCCAGCUACUAUCAGAUUUGCAUUAGAAGGAGAAAUGCCGCCCUAUUUACUUGUGAAGGAUAUGAUUUGGCAAGUAAGCUACAAUAUCUAAUAUUGCAUUUUUAAUAUUAUAAAAUGCACUUAUUGUAAUGUGCAAUUUUUUCAUUAUCGUUAUGUAAUUUAUAUUAUGUUUUUAUUUUUCUAAGUGUGUUUGGCACCAUGAAUUGUAGUGUUUAUCCUGUUCUCUGCAAUGCAGUAGGGGAAGAAACAUGGAAGAAAAAUAUAAAGUAAGCAGAGGCAAUAUUUUGCUCAUCUCUCUGUCAUUGUAACUGAUGUCGGAUAGAUUUAUGAACAUAGAAUUUGCAAAUGCAUUCUUUCCGCCCAACAUCUAUUUGAACAUAUAUAAACUUCCUACUCCACUCUUAAUUUACAUGCAUUUAGAAACAAAUGAUAUGUCUAUGUUAAAGUUGGAGCAUUAUAAAGAAUCUGUGUGUAGUUUUAGUAUCUUGCUUGAAUCUAUGCUGGUUCCAGUAUAUUGUUGUGAUCUAUUUUUAUCGUUAAUCUCAUGUGCCACCUAGACCUACUAUGAAUUCUUGGCAUAGGAAAUGUCAACGAGCGACAUGCAAGGGUCAUUUGGAGGUCUGCAAGUACUUGGUUGAGGAACUAGGAUGUGAUGAUCCAAAUAUGGUUGCAAGUGGAGGCUCAUGUGAAGGAUCUUUUUAGGUCUUUUGUGCUUAUAGAAAUUGUAUGCUCCCAUAUGAGUACAAUUUUGGCACCUGGUAGUGUGAGAUAUGUAAAUUAUAUUUUUAUGUUUUUCUUUGCAGGUGCAACACCGUUUGUGGCCUGUUUGCACAGUCAGCCUGCUGGCAGCAGUGUGUAGAUGUGUCAUCAAUGUUUUUUGUUAUUCUUGUGUGGUUGUGUUCCAAUUUGC